AGUAUUUUGCUGACUGCUAACUGUUGUUUGUAUUUUUCUUUUUGGUAAAAAUCAUAUCUUACUUUUGCUAAAAUAUUCUUAACCGAAAUGGAAAAGGAACUAGACAAAGUUGUGGAAGAAAUCAUGUCCACUCCCAACGUGGCCGGGUGCUUGGUAGCUGACCACCAAGGACUGUGCCUGGCGUCAAAAGGCACCGCUCACGUAGACUCCGCGGGACUUAUCGUAGCUCUUUCAGAGCAGGCGUGUAAAAUCGAGCCCAAUUUAAAGCCGCCCACUGUAUGUCUGGAGACUGACAAUAAAUUGUGCCUCAUUCAAAGACACGGUACGAUCACGGGUGCCGUAUUUAAGCAGAAAGGUGUAGCGUAAGAUAUUUUCUCCGAGCGUUAAAGUACCUACUGUAUAUUAGUUAUAUUAUAGUUUUAUUGUUAACAACAGGUCAAUCAAGAAGUUUUGAAGGCUUGCUUGAACUGAGCAAUUUAAAAUGUCCUCGAGUAAGACUAGAAAAGUUGUUUUGUGUGGCUAUUUUUUACAGACGAAACGUAUGUCUCAACAAUUAUUGUGUUACCUGACUAUUUUAGUUGCCUGUGUAAAGGAGUUGUUUAAACUUUAGCUGCAAAAUGAAGGCUCCAGUUGAAUAAUAAAUGUGUUUACAGUGGCACUUUAUUUGUGAUAUUAAGGCUUAGUUACAAAACAAAUUGGUGAUGCAUUUGAAAAAUCUGCCCUUUUGUCGCUUAAAUGGACUGGACCAGUGGUUGUAGUAACCCUGGUUGGUCUUGUAGAAACAUUCAGAAUGAGGAAAAGUAAUGUUUAGUUGAUUUGUAAUUUAUUUAAGUGAACAUUGUUAUAUUGUCUAGAAUUUAUUUCUUUGUUAGUAUGUUAGCCUGCACCUUGGGGAUUUCCCAUUUGUAUUGUGCAUAGUUCUACUCUGUAGUCACAAAAUGAACUACAGUGAGAUAUAAUGUUGUUUUAGUCUGUCAUUUGUUUACAUACUAAAUUUAUGUGCUUUUUAACUAUGAAUAAAUGUGUUGUCAGUGCAACAAAGUAACAAUUAAAUGAAGAACUUAACUUUAUAAACAGACAGUUUAUCCAAGAUAUUUGGAGAAUAAGUUCCUAUUCUUGGGGCGGAACAUCAACUUCAUAAUUUACCGAUCAUCUCCAUGCCUUCUCCAUCUGAAAAACCUUUGCUGAGUACCUUGUGCCCAGUUGGCACACAUACAACCAUAAACAAGAAUGAAUUGGCUAAAAUAGUCUAGGUUAAAUACCUGUUUUAGUCCAACUUCUGGAUUGUACAGUAAAAUGUCAGAUUUUUUAAUGUGUUAAUAUAUAUAUGGAUACCUACUUCAACUUUCAUGGAGAAGUAUGUAGAUCUGUAAAAUUGGUUUAAGUUCCUCAGUUUAAAGCCAUAAAUCCUGUAACAUUGCUUUUGCGGAUAUUGAAUAUAGUGGAUGUAGAAAAUAAAUGUAUUAUAAGAACUUUUACACAUUUUCUAAAGGUUAAAAUGGACAGAAACAAGCACACUUAAGUUAAAUACAGGCAACUCUUUAGGGUGAUUAUGUACCUAUUCCUAGUUAAGUACCUUAAUCAUUAGUAUAUUAAUCUUUUCUACUUAAAAUAUAUCUCUUUUUGUUGCAAUAA